CAACGAUAUAUUUGUUUUUUUUGUAUCAGUCAAUCUAUUAUUUUUUCCACUAUGUACCGCACUGUAUUAUUCCUUUCUUUGUGUCUCUGCGUCCUGGGUGUUCCUAUUGACAAGAAACAAUCGCUUGGAGUGGAUGAUCAAAUUACACAAGGUAAAUCGGACCUGCUUGCCUAUGAGCCUCGACAAAAUACAAAGAGAGAAACUGCACUGGACGGUCUUGUAGCUGCUGCGGGAACACUUACAGGAGCAGCAGGGGGGGGUCUUUUACCGGGCGAGUUUGUGAACAACGGUAUAGCAGCUGCGGAAGGUGCUUCAGGUCAAACUGCAGGAACUCCUCCAGGUCCAGCUGCAGGAACUUUGCCUUAGGUAUUCCUUUCCCAAAACAAUAAGAAAAACAUUGAACAAUAGUGCUUAUCUAGAAAGGAACCAUUUAUUAUUUAUUAUCGUUAUUUUUUUUUAUUUUGUUUCAAC